GGGGGGUGCGGCUUUACGGUGCCGCAGGGGGGACAAAAGUCCUCACGAGCGUGGCCGCUGCGAGGGGCGCCCGCUGCCGCCAUUUGGUGUUUCCGCUUCCCGCUCCCUGCGGCCUGGUCGGGGCCGCCCUGGCGGCGCGGGAUGAGCAAGGAGCCCAGAGGCCGGGGAUGCAGCCGGGGAGGAGGCUUCCAGCGGUGGCGAGGCGGCUGGCGGGGCGGCUGGCAAGGAAGAGGACGAAGUGUGGAGUGGAAGAGCAAGGUCGAGCCCGCAAAACCUCGGUUAAUUCAGUCAACGUUGGAUCAGUUCAUACCAUAUAAAGGCUGGAAACUUUAUUUCUCUGAAGCUUAUGCUGACAAGUCUCCUUUUGUGCUGAAGACUCAAGCGUUUGAAAAGUUUUUCAUGCAACGCAUUGAGCUGUACGAUAAGGAUGAAAUAGAGAGAAAAGGAAGUAUUCUUGUGGAUUAUAAAGAACUCUUACAAGACAGAGAAUUGAUUAAAUCAAUACCAAAUAUAUCUACUGAAUUAAGGGAUAUGCCUCAGAAAAUACUGCAGUGCAUGGGUUUGGCAAUUCACCAGGUGUUAACAAAGGACCUUGAAAGGCAUGCUGCUGAGUUACAGGUGGAAGAAGGAUUAACGCUUGAUGGAGAACCUAUAAUAAAUGUGCCACACAUUAAUGCCAGGGUGUACAACUAUGAUCCACUAACUCAGCUGAAAAAUGUUCGGGCCAACUGCUAUGGGAAAUACAUUGCCUUGCGUGGUACUGUUGUGCGUGUCAGUAAUAUUAAACCUCUCUGCACUAAGCUAGCCUUUGUAUGUGCCACGUGUGGAGAUGUUCAGGGCGUUCCUCUGCCAGAUGGAAAAUACACUCUUCCAGCUAAAUGCCUUGUUCCCGAGUGCCAUGGCCGGUCAUUUGCAGCAGACAGAAGCUCUCCUUUAACCACUACAGUGGACUGGCAGUCUAUUAAGGUACAGGAGCUCAUGUCAGAUGAUCAGCGAGAAGCAGGUCGAAUCCCUCGCACGAUAGAAUGUGAACUGGUUCAAGAUCUUGUGGACAGUUGCGUCCCGGGAGAUAUGGUCACAAUUACAGGGGUAGUUAAGGUGUCAAGCACUGAGGAAGGAGCUUCUAAAAAUAAGAAUGACAAAUGUGUGUUCCUGUUGUACAUUGAGGCAAAUUCUGUCAGCAACAGUAAAGGACAAAAAACAAAGAAUUUUGAUGAGACUUUUCAAAGAGCAUUCAUGGAAUUUUCUCUGAAAGACCUUUAUGCUGUUCAAGAAAUUCAAGCUGAGGAAAAUCUGUUCAGGCUUAUUGUGAACUCUCUUUGCCCUGCUAUCUACGGUCAUGAGAUUGUAAAGGCAGGUUUGGCCCUGGCAUUAUUUGGAGGAUGUCAGAAGUUUGUAGAUGACAAGAACAGAAUCCCAGUGCGAGGAGAUCCACAUGUUCUGGUUGUUGGAGAUCCAGGAUUAGGAAAAAGUCAAAUGUUGCAAGCAGUGUGUAAUGUUGCUCCUCGAGGUGUGUAUGUUUGUGGUAACACUUCCACCAGCUCCGGCCUGACUGUUACACUGUCUAGAGAUGGUGCUUCUGGAGACUUUGCCUUGGAAGCUGGUGCUUUAGUGCUUGGGGAUCAAGGGAUUUGUGGAAUAGAUGAAUUUGAUAAGAUGGGAAGCCAGCACCAGGCUUUGUUGGAAGCCAUGGAACAGCAAAGCAUCAGCCUUGCCAAGGCUGGCAUUGUUUGCAGCUUGCCUGCUAGGACAUCUAUCAUUGCUGCAGCAAACCCUGUUGGAGGACAUUAUAACAAAGCCAAAACAGUGUCUGAGAACUUGAAAGAGAGGAACUGCUGUUCUGCUUUAUUUUCAAAGCACAGGACAACUUUUCUAAAUUUCUGUCAAACAGUUGUCAGAGUUUUCCACUUUUUUUACAAGCAAUGUGUGGUUUUCUUAUACCUUUACUCUAGAAUGGGGAGUGCUUUACUGUCAAGAUUUGACUUGGUUUUUAUUUUGCUGGACACUCCAAAUGAAGAUCACGAUCACUUGCUGUCGGAGCAUGUGAUGGCAAUCCGAGCUGGAAAGCAGGCAGCAUGCAGCAGCGCUGUUGUGACUCGUACUAACACGCAGGAUCGCUCUGUUCUUGAAGUCAUUUCUGAUCAACCACUGCUUGAAAGAUUGAAGAUCCCACCAGGAGAAAGCUUCGAUGCCAUUCCACACCAGCUGCUGAGGAAGUAUGUGGGAUACGCUCGGCAGUACGUUCACCCAACUUUAUCUCCAGAAGCUGCUGAGGUCCUCCAGGGGUUCUACCUUGAGCUCCGGAAACAGAAGCAAGGAGCAGACAGCACACCGAUCACCACGAGGCAGCUAGAGUCACUGAUUCGACUUACUGAGGCACGAGCAAGGCUAGAAUUAAGGGAGAAAUCUACCAAGGAAGAUGCUGAGGAUGUAGUAGAAAUAAUGAAAUACAGCAUGCUAGGAACAUAUUCAGAUGAGUUUGGAAAACUGGACUUUGAACGCUCACAGCAUGGAUCUGGGAUGAGCAAUCGGUCACAAGCGAAAAGAUUUAUUUCUGCCCUUAACAAUAUUGCAGAAAGAACCUACAACAAUCUCUUUGAAUUACAACAACUUCGACAGAUUGCAAAGGAAUUACAAAUACGAGUAUCUGAUUUUGAAAGCUUUAUUGGAUCUCUAAAUGAUCAGGGUUAUCUUUUGAAAAAAGGUUCAAGAGUGUAUCAGCUUCAAACACUAUGAGAAGAGCUGCUGUGAAAGACUUCUUGACACAUGUCAUAAUACCUGAAAUAGCCUGAUGGAUAAGCUGCAAUAAAAUGCACUGAAUUGCAGCCUACUACAGUACUUGAUGCCCUGCCAGCAUUGUUGUUUGCUGUGGUGCAAGAUUCCCCUUCAGCAACUAGUAAAGCCAGAGGUUUGCUGAAAACUGCUGCGGGACAAACUGAACCAUAGUACUACGGCUUGACUCAUCCCCGUAGGUUUACUACUUGAGAAUGUGUAGCAUGUACUCUAUGAUGCUUGAGUAGUGGAAAGUGUAUGUUACUCAGUUCAUUGCAGUGCAGUAAGAGAUUUUUCUUCUAAAUUUAAAGUGAUGUUGGACCUACAGAUUUAAAAAUAAGAACUCCUUCAUGAGAAGACUAUGUGAACGGCUUUGUAGCAAUGUAGUUAACUUGAAGAAUCUAAAGUAUAGAAAUGUUUCCCAAAAAACUGGGAACCUCCAUGUUGAGCCAAUACAGUUCUAUAGCUGUAAUAAGUUGCACAUUAUUGAAACUAUUUUAGUUUCCUGUUUUGCAGCUCUGUAUUUAUAGCUUGUUUUAUAUAUAUAGUUGAUUUUAUUUAAAAUGCUAGUCUGAGGAAAAAUUUCCUUAUAUUACAAUAUUUAAUAUGUACAACAAAUUUUAUGUACCUUUUUCAUUUAAAAUGUGAGAAGUCUGAUUCAUGCAAAAGCAUUAUAUAGUAAUGUAACUUAUUUAUAACCAGAAUGCUGUCAUGCAUGUUAACAAGACUUACAGGAUAUUUAAGGUGAACAUACUGUGCUUGUUUUCUUCUAGUUCUGUGACUGCUGUGGAAGGACGUUCUGCAAGAGUAAAACGUGUGUGUGUCCUGAUUUUUUUUUUUUAAUCUAGCACAGUAAAAUGGCAAAUGCAAAGUCUUCAGUGUACAUAUUAAAUGUUUUUCAAGAAUGUUUUGUUGUAACUUCUGUUUUUUUCUCUCAUUUCUAAAUUGUAAUAAAAUAACUGAAGGUUCA